GGGUUAUAUAACGCGUCCCUUCUCUCCCCUUUCUUCUGCGGCUUCCGUUUUCAUUUAUAGUAAAGGCGAUAGAGAUCCCGGAGAAAAGGAGUUGGGAGGUGGAGCGGCGAUGGGCUCGGCGCUGGCGGAGAUGGGCCUGGAGUUGGAGCUGUGCGCCAUGCGGACCACCGUCUGCGGUUUCGUGAAGGAGGCGUCGGCGAUCGAAAGCGUGGGUGGCGGGAGAGCGACCAGGCUGGAGGCGUCCAUCAAGAGUUUAGAGGAGGAGAAGCGUAAGAUCGAAGCUUUCAGACGCGAGCUCCCUCUCUGCAUGCGUCUCCUUUCCGAGGUGAUCGAAGAAUUGAGAAGGGAGAUCGAUCGGUGCCAUGGCGAGAGUUUCGGAUGUAUAGUCGAGGAAUUCAUUCCUAUCAAGAGUAAAGUCGGUGAGGACGGAGGGAUAAAAGUGGAAAGCGAUUGCAAAGAUAAGAUGAACUGGAUGAGUUCUGUCCAACUCUGGAGCGAUAAUUAUAUCGAGAACAACGAUGACGAUAAAGCAAUCGCUAAAGAGAAAGAUGGAGUCGUCGAUCGCAGACAGGAGGAGCAGAGUUACUUGGAAUGCAAGAACCGGAGAAGCGGGGCCGCAUUGUCGCUAUUUAAAGGGCUCCCGCCGCUUGCUGCGAGGUCCAUGACGGAGGAUAAGCCCACUGCCUCUUUGCCUGAGCUCUCGCUGCAGUCGGCGGUGAUCAAGAGCAACCCUGACGUCGUAACCCCGGUCACCGUGGACCACCGCGCUAAAGGUGCCAGAAAAUCUCCGGAGUUGUUUCGGGCGACGCUUAGCGUGCAGUCCCAGCAGCAGCCUCCGAGGAAGGAGAGGAGGUGUUGGUCGCAGGAGCUGCAUCGCCGGUUUGUUCUCGCCAUCGAACAACUCGGCGGCACACAAGUGGCUACUCCCAAGCAGAUACGAGAACUGAUGAAGGUGGAAGGGCUCACCAAUGAUGAAGUGAAAAGUCAUCUGCAGAAAUACCGAUUGCACGCUCGAAAGAUGACCACUUCUUGGGCUACAGCAAGUCAUUCAGUUCCUGUCAUAUGGGUUCGUGAGGAGCAAUACACUAGUUCCUCACAGCAGAGCAUUACACAAGCUGGUUCUCCAACGAGCCCUCUUCAGUUAACCGCUGCAGAUAGCUCUGAGGAAGACGGCAAAUCAGAGAGUUAUAGCUGGAAAUGAAGAAAAUUUAUGGCUAGAAAUAAUCGAUCUUGAAGUUAGAGAGGUGUAAUUUGAAUUUUUGAAGUGAGGCUUUUAAGCGCUUUGUGAAGAGACCGGCACAUGAAGAUCAAUGUAUAGAGAGAACAAACAAUUUUGCUGAUACAAUACCCGGCAAGACCCGUUGAGGUCGGAGUAUAAUUAAUUCUAUGUCCUACGGAAAAAAAAAAAUGAAGAGGUGUCACAAGGUGAUAGAGGAGUCUUGAAGCUCUCCCCUCGGUUCUUCUAUUUCCUUUUUCCUUUUUUUUUUUGGUUUAUGAACAAUAUGAGGGUUAUUUUGGCACAUUUUCUUCAUCAUCAAGUAGAGUGUCAUUUCCCUAUCAUGACAUUUUUGCUACUAAUUUUGGACAUCAUCAACCUUGAUCCUCUUUCAACAGCUUGGCUUGGUGAGAUCAAGUUUGACAUUUUUCUCUCUCUGUUACUUCCUAUGACAGGUUGUUGUAGCACUCAAAGAGCUCAUGAACAAGAGAUACUUCUGGCAUCAGCAACAUUUACUGAUCUGCACCAGUGGUCCUGCAUGAAAAUACCUGCAACCAGGUCAUUUUCCUCUUCCUGAUUGAUAGUUUCACCAUGAUUUCACUGUCUCAUUGCUAUUCCUCUUCCAGUUGUUGCAUGUCUGAUGCUGCUAGUUGAUAGAUAUCACCACAUCACUGGUAGGACCAGUUGAUAGACGAGAGAGGCUUCCACCAUACGAUCUUCUCAUUACCAUUCUGUCGCUGAGAAUGUUAGUCCACAAGAUUUAAAACCUCAAGCAGAUGGAUACAUCUCUCUGUCUCCAGCUGUUUGCAGAUCCAAAUCCAACCCCUCCCCGGUGGCAAUCCUUUUGUUCUCCUUGUUGCAUCAUAGGCUGGAUAGAGCUAAUGCAGUUGGCUAAUUUUAGUGUCUUGCAAUCUUACCUCGCUGAUUUCUUCUUCUUUUCCUGGCAACCUGGUGGAGCCUUCACAUCAAACUUGUCAGCUGCUGCGAUCUAAUUCCAGCUUAAAUGUAGGAAGACAUCUGAUCGGCAUGGAUCAAACCUACUGUAAGUGGCUUUUGCAAGAUUGGUUUGGUUUGGUUUGGUGGUAAAUGCUCCGGUCAACUACAGCUGUUGAUUCUUCUCUGCUGCCUUGGUGAACUCGUCUUGGGUUACUUCUCUUGCUGGCAUCCCAUCUGCCUAAAUUAGUGCUCCAGCCUUGCAUGCGACGAAGAUCAUGAUCUCAGAGUUGUCCUCAAGAUCCCAUCCAGGAGUUGAGGCACAGGUUCUUUAAUGCUGCUGCCGCUGCUGCUGCCAUCAUUUCCAACCUGACCCCAUGUCCAUGAGGUCAAGAUUAAACUCCGUACCGGAGGACAUGGAGUCCAAGAGAAAGAUGAUGAUCUCACAGCAUGAUCACCGUGAGAAGCUCAAAAGCUAGAAUUAGAGGAAGAUAGGGAAAAUGAGACCACCGCUUUAGCACUCAAGUCACGAUUUCUUCGUGUAGGUCCUGUUUGAUGGCUGGCUCCACACCGUAUCCACCAUGGAUGAGCACGUAGAUAACAUCAUCCACAGAUGCAGACUGUAAUCGCACAUCAGCUUACUGCACCAUCCGAAAGUGUCACCCUCAUUGAUCACAUCCGAAGUUAUGAUAUGCCGUCAGCUGGGAAGAUGCAUCAUGAUUCGCAAUGGUGGUGCAAAUCUUGUAAAGGAAGCAUUAAUACCAUGGCAUCUAAACAGAACACUGAAUAUUAGAUGGGUCUAUCAACCAUUACAGACCUUCUUGAGACA